AUGGUCCAGAAUCAGAAGUGUGAAACUUCUGUUAACGGUGGCAAGCCAGUCGUCGAUGCGAGUUCCUUCCUACCCCUAUGCUGCCUCGUUAAGAGUGUUCGUGUCGUCUUCGCUGCGAACGAUAUUUCAACCAAGUCUAAGUGUGGCAAGAAGUUCUCUACUGCCUUGCAGACUGCUCAGAACGCCUGGACCGAAGCCGCUGCUGAUUGGUCGUCCACAUAUCAUGACUACAAGAUCAUCCAUGGCAAUCUCUUGUCUGCUGCCCCUCUUCGCACUCGUGGCGAGGCCGUUACUGAUGAGGAGCCAAUGCUCACAUCUGAUGAGCGUCGUCAGGUCCGCGAACUGUUGCGUCGAUUAGGGAGUCCUAAGGCCUCUGACUCUCCUGCCCCAGGUUCUGCUGAGAUAGUUGAUGAGGAAAUGGGCUCUGCUGAGGAUACUGGUUUGGAGGGCACACGCGACGAGGUCGUAACGUGUUCGCAAUGA